CUCCACAUUGGUACCCCAUGUACAUUCAGGCUUUAUCUCUCGAGCUCACACCUCCUCACUCCCAAGGUCUAAGCUCAAAGAAUCCGAAAAAAAAACAAAGAAGGGGGAGGAGAAGCUAAUUUCCCUGAUCAAAGCAAUCGAUCAAGCAAGACCAAGAUGGAAAGGAAAGAUGAUGAGAUUCGGUUGGGCGUCAACAGGUACUCUGAGAGGCAUAACAUAGGAACCACAGCCCAGAGCGAUGACCGGGACUACCAGGAGCCACCACUGGCGCCUUUGUUCGAGCCCGAGGAGCUGUCCUCAUGGUCCUUUUACAGGGCUGGAAUCGCCGAGUUCAUAGCCACUUUCCUCUUCUUGUACAUCACCAUCUUGACCGUGAUGGGUGUUUCUAAGUCCAGCAAUAAAUGUGCUACUGUGGGUAUUCAGGGCAUCGCUUGGGCUUUUGGUGGCAUGAUCUUCGCUCUCGUCUACUGCACUGCUGGCAUCUCAGGGGGCCACAUAAACCCGGCUGUGACAUUUGGGCUACUGCUGGCGAGGAAGCUGUCGUUAUCCAGGGCGCUGUUCUACAUAGUGAUGCAGUGCCUCGGUGCCAUUUUCGGUGCCGGUGUCGUCAAGGGUUUCCAGAAGAGUCAGUACGAGAUGCUCGGUGGCGGUGCUAAUGUCGUGGCUAGUGGCUACAGUAAGGGCGAUGGUCUUGGCGCUGAGAUCAUCGGCACCUUUGUCCUUGUCUAUACCGUCUUCUCCGCUACUGAUGCCAAGCGUAACGCCCGAGACUCCCAUGUUCCCAUAUUGGCACCAUUGCCAAUUGGAUUUGCAGUGUUCCUGGUCCAUUUGGCCACCAUCCCUAUCACGGGAACUGGUAUCAACCCUGCUAGGAGUCUUGGUGCAGCUAUCAUCUACAACAAGGACCAUGCUUGGGAUGAUCACUGGAUUUUCUGGGUGGGACCCUUCAUUGGAGCAGCACUUGCGGCUUUGUACCAUCAACUUGUGAUCAGAGCAAUUCCAUUCAAAUCCAAGUGAUGAUGAGCUUGGUUAUUGGUUGCUGUUGAUUUUUCUUCAUCAAUUUGGCAGUAAAGAUCUAAACGGAAUAAGAGUUAGAGGAGUGGUUUCUCCGGUUCUCCUUGCUGUUGGUCAUCUGUGUUGUCUUUUGUAUUUUUGCUUCUUUGGACAUGUAUGUGAGAAUAGUGGGAACUUAUCUCUGAGGGACUUUCUUUGUUUAUCAUCUCUAUAAUUGAGAGGUGGUGGGUGGGUGCACUGCAUAGAUAAAAGGGCGAUGGAGAGGUGGGGUGGGUCCCUAUUGUCUCUAUCUCCUUAUUAACCGCUGUCCGCUGUGUUUCGUUUGGUGCACAGUAGGGAUGUGUGGCUGUGAAGAACUGUACAGCAAGAAAAGAGAAAGUCCACUAUUCCACCAACCCAACCUGACUUGCCCUUGCCAGUUUACCUACUACUGUUGCUAAGAACAAUGUAAGUUAUAUUAUUGUUGUGGGUUCCAUACUUCCAUUGCAAUUUC